UGUCUCUCUCCGGUUCCUCGAAUCCACUUUCACGAAAACGCCCAAGGUCGUCAAUCAAAACUAAGGAUCACGACGACCUUUCGAAAAACAAGAAGAAGAAUCGUGGGCCACCACCAAGACUCAUCUGCGCGGAUGACGACGAUCCAGAGGAAGUGAUGGCACCCGCGACGACCGAUCGACGCAAGAGUGUUUACUCGGAGACAGGCAAAAAGCCAAAGGCAAAUAUUUCCGACGAGCUCUAUCGCGUGCCGUUCAAAUAUGGCUGGACGCGGGAGGUGGUAACUCCAAGCCCCUUAACCAACAGCUCGAAUCACAUAUUCUACACAUCGCCCUCCGGCAAGAAGUGCCGAAAAAUUAGUGAAAUUAUACCAAUGCUGCAGGGGGAACUCACCAAAGAACAUUUUAUCUUCGGGACGCAUAUCCUGGGUGCCGAAGCCCAGUACGAGACGGUCCGCCAGGCCUUGAGUCGUGAAGAUCACCUUGCCGCCUUAAAGGAGCGCCGCAAAUCGACGGCGUCCGACAAAACAAAGGCUAAACAGAAACGUCGUCAGACGAUCGGAGCCGAGUCCCAUUCAAAGCCCCAGGCAGAAGCUGGCACAGCGGCGUUUGGCAAACGUCUCAAAUCGAUUGACGAUUUUCUGUCGAUGGCAGACGAAUCUAUGACACUUCUGGCACUCAAGCCUGUGAAACCACUAGCACUCGAAGCUAUAAAACCUCUGGCAGCCAAAGUGGUGGAAGCCCCUGUAAUGGGCAAACGCGUACCUAAGCCGAAGUUGCCGAAGGGCGCCACCUCUGUCCCUGAGGGUUGGACCGCCACCAUGGCCGUCAAGGGUAAUGCGCGCCUCCUUGCCGCCGCCAUAAAUGGGAACGCCAGAGCUGCUGCAUCGUCGACCGUAACCGCCAGUUCAUGCGCCGCCCCAGUGCGCCAGGAAACGCGCGAGACCUGUGGAUUCUGCCUAAAGCUAAUCGAGGGAAGCGUCUGCCAGAGCUGCGUGCAGUCGGCGGAGAGUGUGGAUGCUGUUCCCCUGAUGGCUGCAUAUGGGGAGCUACAGGACGGCGAGGGGGAAAGCGAGAAGAGCUACCAGGCGGGCACUGUUAGCAAUGGGCUGAACGACAUAAAAGUGCUCGAGCCGCCUGGCGAGAUGCCGCCGGCGGAGCUACUCAGCACAGACACAACCCCAGCUUCAACGCCAAUUAAUUUGUACACGCACCAAGAGGUCGUGGUCAUCAGCGGUCAGAAGGCGAUUUCCGCCGUUGCAGAGCCGGCUAUGACAAGCCAACAAAAAGUACUUGUCCCAAAUCCGCCGGACUUGACUAGUUACUAUGAAGUCUACGAUAAACGGAUUGCUGCACCCAAGCAAUCGUCGCCACCCGAUAACCCGUGGGAGCAGAUGUUUGGAAGCGGCUUCAAUUGCCGGUUCUUAACCAGCCUAAUGCAGACACUAAACCAGCAGGAUCGGGCCAAUUGCUCGGAAGUGUCCAAGCUGUGGCACUUGUGCUCCCGUGACGCUGAAGUAUGGAAAUCAGUUUCGCUUCGCGGCACAAAGGUCAACAAUUGGCCAGCUUUGGUGCGUGAGAUGGCACGCAACGGCACACGCGAACUCGACAUGAUGGGCGCGAUCAUACCCACUAGCGGUACCCUCGUCGCUGGGGACAUGCGCGUGCUGACGGAUAUGCGCUCGGUGCGCACCGAUCAUACGAUCAUACGAAAGCUGACUUCCUGCACCAGAUCUUCCGUAGCUUGCCUCAACUUGAGAAGCUGA